AUUUCCACCCCAAACAGCACCAAAACCUUCAUAUGGCAUUCUUCCAGUAUCCCCAGUAGCUCCAGCACCUCAAGCUCCAGCACCACCACCACCACCCCCACCACCACCCCUCCUCCUCCACCACCUCCAGCCCCAUUGAAGAACCAACCCCCACCUACGCUUCCCAAGCAGCACAGCAUCUCCAAGACACUACCCUUCUCCAACCAAACUUCAUCAGUGCCAUCUCUAGUUAAGCAGCUUGCUAGCCAGUUUCCUGUUGCGUCUCCCGCAAUAACCAAUCAAACAGAAUCUCAAAGUCACAAAGCUUCCCAGUCCCUGCCUGCAGUGAAGGCUAAACCAAAAUGGCAGCCUGUAGGUCAAGGUCAGCAGCAACAGAGGUCACCUGAAUUUCCACCACCUCCUCCAGAGAGUACCCUUGCCUUUCCUUCACCACCACCUCCGCCGCCACCACCACCUCCUCCAGGUCCUACCCCUCCACCUCCUCCUCCUCUUCCAAUGUCAGGCUCCCCUAUUGGGAAAUCCCCUUCUGGCUCAUCUGCAGGUGUCAAGAAACCUCCACCGACACCUCAGCGCAACUCUAGUGCAAAGUUCAAUGACUCUGUGGAUUACCAGGAGUCUCGCAGGAACUUGGUGAGCAAGUUUAACCCUAGUUCAUCGUUGACAUCAAGCUCCAGUAGCUCACCCUCCAAAGAGCUUUCUACAGGUCCUCGGGCACCCCCCAAACCAGGGAAGCUUAAUCUGGCAAAUCUUCCUAUGGCUUUGCAGAACAAAAUGAAUCAGAACCGCCAAUCCACUGCAGACUUCCCAUCCCCUCCACCCCCAGAAAAUGACAUCUUCCCACCCCCACUGGAGUCUGACCUCCCCCCACCACCGCCCCUUCCAGGUGAUCCAAAUGGUUUGUCUCCAAAAGUGGCUGUGGUCAAUCCUCAGCCCCAGCCUGCUUGGGGCAGGAGUUCCCUGAAAAAGACUCCAGCAUCAAUUCGCUGCAACAACACUAUUAGAGAGCCUCCACCGCUCUCACCACCUUCUAUACAAGGGGGCCCUAAUCCCCCUUCUUCUCCUAAGGGCACCACGCAGCCAAACUUCUUGGAGGACCUUAGCAAGACACUGAAACGCAAGUCCUCAAGAGUCUCUGGAGACAAAGUGGACCCUGUGGCCACCAUGGAUGACAUGGCUUUGCCACCACCUCCACCUGAGCUUCUGAAUGAUCAACAGAGACUCAGUGGUAGUGGCUUCAUGUCCGGGAAUAUCUCAGGCUAUGCAACACUACGGCGAGGGCCUCCUCCCGCACCACCCAAGCGGGACCACAGCACCAAACUCACAAACUGAGAAAACUGCAACUUCUCCUGGACAAAAUUGCUUGCUAUUUACAUGUUUGUCUCAUAGAAGCCAUCGUUUUGUUGAUAUGCUUAGCUUUUUCUGUACAAAACCGCUCAAGAAAUUUCAGCUUUACUGUGACUUUGUGACAGUGCAUCAGUUCCAGUUCCAAACAACUGAGUGAUUUCACUUCAACACCUUGGUACUGCAUGGAAGACAAAACUACGUUAAACUAUUAAUCUCAUUGAAUUUUUGGGAAGACGAACAUUUCGAACUUUGGGGUUGGGUGGGAUUUUUAAUUUUGAUUUUAUAUUGUUUUUAUAUUAUUGAUUAUUUAAUAAUCCGAAGAGAUUUUGUUAUUUCAGACCGAAGUUUUUUAAAUGGUUGGAUGGUUAUUGUUGUUUGAGGAGUUUUAGAUGGGUAGGUUGAAUUAGUGUAUUUGGCUGGUAUAUUAGUUUGGCACAACUUUAACCAUGUGUGGCAGAUCCAGUGCUCAAUGGAUGCAUCUAGAAUGGAUCUUGAUCACUAUUGUUCUUUGAGCCGCUAAGUGCGUUUUAGUUGUAUUUGUCAAAACUCUAAAAUGAAGGACUUGUUGUUCAGGGAGUUGCCCCAAUGUCUAGUUCUGUGAGACUGUGGAAUGUUUGCUCUUUUUUUGAUUAGACCUGUUUAAAUUGUAGAUAUUCUCAAUAGAUCUUUGUCUAGGUAAAACAAAUGACUGCCUUGCUGUUCCUUGUUGGUCCUUACUUCCUCUGGUGAACAUUCAAGCUGACUUUUACAAAUUCUUCACCUAUGAAGAGAUGGACUUAAGUCAUGUGACUGAAUGACACAAUCAUUAUUCACAUAGAUUUAUCUUAUAUCCUGUAUUAUAAUCUGUAUUAUUGGCUCAUGAAUACAGCCAUGCCUUAAGAUUCUAGAACAUGUGUAUCAGACAACUGAUCAAAAUAUUCUCAUGUUAUAAAAAGAGGAAGUUCAAUUUCCCUGUAGGUUUUACUUUUGCUAAAGGAUUCUGGCUUAUUCUCUCUGUUCAGACAUGACAUGCAACUUCAGAAUCUUACAGUGAGCACCUAUAAUGGCUCUUUGAGAGCCACUUGGCAUAUGUACAAACAGUUAUGCAUAUUACAGCAUAUCAAGUACACGUUUCAUUUUAAAGAAUUUGUUUAUUGAAUGUAUUUACAAUAUCAAGAGACUUUUCAGGUUGUUGGGAAGUGACUAACUGAAGUUAAUAUUAAAUUAUUAAAGUAUCCGGUCAUGAAAGGUCAAUGAACAUCAUGCUCUGCAUAUCCCUCUGCAAAAUGUGUAAUUUAAAAUGAAAUUAUACAUGUUGAUAUCA